AUGGGUAUUCUUGACCUGAUUGAAGCAAAAAUUGUUGAAGCUCUUAAUAAUCAUAAUGAUAAGUCGAUUAUAAUAAUUACACACUAUCCGGUUGGCCAAUUUGGACAAAGCAAAUCAUCGGCUGGUCUUACAUUUAAAGAUAUCAUUAUCAAAUACCAGAUUUCAGCUGUUCUUACAGGCCAUUCUCAUCCAAAAACAAUCCAACCACAACAUCAUCUUGAUUCCCUUGAAGUCAUUUGCUCUGAUCUUGUGAGUCAUAGAAAUAUUGGAAUUGUUUCAAAUGAUAAUGGAAAUAUCUUUUAUCAUAGCUAUAGUGUUGAACAGCGUCCAAGUUUCAUUGUUACUUACCCAAUUGAUUAUAAACAAAUUUCAAAAAUGACAAUGUUUAAUUCAAAGGAAGUUGAUGUUCGAGUUAUUGCAUUCACCGAUUCUGAAAAUGAAACGAUAUUAUGUAAUGGACAAGGAAUGAAUUUUGAUAGACAUUUAAGGUCUGGUAUGUCUUUAUAUCAUAUAAAGAUGACAUUCAAAUCCGGAUUCAACAAUAUUCACAUUGCAAAUGCUAACAACACAGAAAAAGAAAUGAUCAGAUUCUUCAUAGGUAGUGUUUCCCCAUCAUUUAAAGAAAAACUCGGAGAUGAAAGAAACUAUUACAAAUACUCAUUGAGCAUCCUUAUUCUUCUCGGCCUAAUAAUGUUUGUUGUAUUGUUCCCUUUUAAUAUUGAAGUUAAGUUCGAACCACUUAUGAAACUAUACAACAAUUGUAUAGAAUAUCUUGAAAACAGAGAAAAUGAGUAUAAAGUAAUCGAUCACAUUAAAUACAUUCUGUGUGGUUUCCUUUUUGUUAGAUUCUAUCUUAUCAAAUAUAAUAAGAAUGUUAUGCUUUAUUUAUUCAUGUUAUUUUUAUCCCCGUUGAUCCUUCCAUUGGGUUUGAUAAAAUCAGAGGAACACUUUGGAUUAAUAUGCAUAUAUGGAACAUUUUUGAACAACCAUUUAUACCCUACUCAAUUUGUUUACUUAAUAUAUCUCAUUCAUAUUGGUAUAAUAACAAUUCCUUUAACAUUCAUUACCGCAAUGUUUGGCAAAGAAAGAAAAUUCUCUUUAUGCUUUGUUGUUGACAUUAUUUUUGCACUCUUCUGUUUAAUCAUCACUAUUUAUUAUUCAUUGUUCAGUAUCUCCCAUGCAACGACUCUGGUAUUGUCAGCCACAAACUUCCUUUUUGUCCUUCUUCCAUUUGCAUACAUGAUUUAUCUGUUACUUUUUUAA